AAUAAUUAAUUGUGAAAAUUUAAUUUAACAUGAUGUUUGAUAAAAUAUCUGAAUAGUUACAAUCAAUGUCAAAUUGCAAGUUCAUAUUUUCAUAUCAAUCAAUGAUCUGCUCUUGAUUAAUUCGGACUUGAGACUUUUUAUCGUGCAAAAGAAAAAAAAAAAACACAAAAGAAAAAUACAAGAAAAAAAAUACAAUAAAGUUAUCUUAUCACCAACUUGCUUUGUGCUCAACAUCUGAAAGCAUUAAACCUCUUGAAAUAAUAAUAAACAGUCAGAUUGUGAAUAGCAAUGGUAUUCAAUGAAUUUUUUUUACUCAAUGGAAAUAGAAGACAUCAAUGGAUUGCAAUUGGGGAAACUUUUUUGAUAUCAAUUGUAAUGGGAAUGGUAAGUGGUUGGACAUCACCAUCACUAGCACAAUUGUCAGGGCCAGAUUCACCAAUACCAAUUGAUCCACAUCAAGCUCAAUGGAUUGUAUCACUUUUAAUUAUUGGACGUAUAAUUGGUUUUGUAAUAACACUCAUUACAACACAAUACAUAGGCAGUAAAAAAAUACUAUUUUUAGUUGGUGUUAUUGAAGCAUUUGGACUUCUCUGUUUAGCUAUUGCAAAUUCAAUUCUAUGGAUAUAUUUAUCACGUUUUAUUUGUGGUAUAUCAUUUGGUAUGUUUACAAUGACAUUUCCAGUUUAUAUUGGUGAAAUAUCAAGUCCAAAAAUACGUGGUACAAUGGUUUGUUUUGUUGCUAGUGGUUUAACAGUUGGUUUCUUAUUUGGUUCAAUAAUUGCAGCCUACAAAACAAUAUUAUUUUCUUUACUAGCACUUGGUAUCAAUUUGAUAUUUGUUGGAUCAUUCUAUUGGCAACCAGAAACACCAUAUCAUCUUGUUAAAAUUGAUAAAAUUAUUGAAGCGGAAGUAUCAAUUAAGCACUAUCAAUGUGAUGUUUGUAAUGUUAAAAAUGAAAUAGAAUCACUUAAAAUUUUCAUCAAUGCUAAAGAUACAUAUACUUAUUAUGAUAUGUUUAGAGAAUUGAUGAUAUCGCAUAAUAGACAAGCACUUAUUAAUUUAAAUAUUUUUCAUAUAUUAAGUGCAUUGAGUGGUUCAUUUACAGUUAUUUUUUAUUUACAAAUUUUAUUGACUGAUGCUAGAGUAACAAUAAUUAAUCCAGCAGAUACUGUUAUUGCUUUGACAACAAUUGGUCUUGUUGGUGAAAUAAUGGCUGUAUUUGUUGGUGAUAAAUUAGGGAGAAAAGUUUUACUCAGUGUAUCAAAUAUUGGUAUUGGCAUUGCUUUUAUUGGUAUUGCUUCACAUUUUUUAUUACUUAAUUAUGGUUACGAACCAACGAAUCUUCAAUGGCUACCUAUCAUAGCCACUGUUUUAUUUACUAUUUUUAUUAAUUUUGGUCUUGUUAGUGUACCAAGUAUAAUUUUAAGUGAGCUAUUUGCACCAAAUGUUAAAACAAUUUCAGUAUUUAUUUGUAAUAUUAUUGGUAGUUUAGCUGCAUUUUUAUCGAGCUUUACAUAUGAUUUAUUGUUAUCAAAUAUUGGAUAUAACUUGUAUUUUUAUUUUGCAUUUAUUAUUAUUAUUGCAACACUAUUUGUUAUCAUUUUUUUGCCUGAAACCAGAGGUAAAUCGUUACAAGAUAUACAAGAAAUGUUACAAAAUAAAUUAUAAGUAAUAUUUUUUAGUUUAUGGUCUAUUAAUUUAUUUUUAUAUCUAUGUUAUUUUUACGUACUUAGUUAAAAUAAGACUCAAUUUUGUUUUUUUAAUUAUAAAAAAGACCUGAUAACAUUUGUUGGGGCCUGUGGCUCACGUUACCAAUUAAGAAUUAAAAAUUUUCAAUAUUCUGGCUAA